CACAUCUCGCCUUGAACAAAAAACGGCAGCUUCACUACCUCUCGAAGCUUUCAGUAAUUGAGCCACGAAGGACACUCUGGAAACCGGAAUUCAUUCUUCUGCUCUCCAAAUCAAUGACCUCAUUCGAAUCGUCGGUGCCGCCAUGGAUCUACCGGAGGUUCCUGAGAGAGAGAGAGAGAGAGAGAGAGAGAGAGAGAGAGAGAAAGAGAGAGCACGCUCAAGAGAGUUGGAGGCUUUAGCUUUGGAUGGGGGCAUCCAUCAAUCCGCCGCCGAAUGCAAGCUUGGGUUUAUUAAAUAUGGUGGAGAUAACUGUUUCCACUCUCCGGUAAUGCCUAUCUAUCUGUUAUCUUCAAUCGUCUUUCUAAUUUUGGUACAUAUGUACUGGCAUUUGUUUGAACUCUGAAAAGCAUCCUCCUACUGUUGGUUUUUGUUUGGUAGAAAUCUGAACUGUAACUAGAAUUAGAUGUUUAGAAGUGAAGAGGUAAGUGUCACAACAAAAUAAAUGGCUAGGUAAUAUGCUUGGAUGGUACUCACUACUCGAUGCUAACAAUAAAUUUUGAUGGUUUCGUCUAUGGUGAUGAUCACCUCUCGUCAACUGUCAAUUGUGAAUCUAAGAAUGGAAAGAUGCUGUUUGUAUAUGAAGAUGAUGACGAUAGCAGGAAUUGGAUUAGGUGAGGAAGCAAUUAAACAAUGAGCCAAGAACAAGUCAUAUAGCCAAUCCCAUUAAUGCCAACAAGGAAAAGUAAAAAGAAAAGUAAGUCAACCCCACAACCCACUAUCCCUUUGCUAUGUUAAUCAGAAAUAAUCAGAUCAAAGAUCCUUCAAUCUAAUGGCUUCCUCCUCUUCUAAAGCUUUAAUGCUUUCUUCUUCCUCUUCAUCUCAUAGGGUCAUGUAUAAUGGGAAGUGGGAGUAUGAUGUUUUUGUGUGCUUCAGAGGAGCCGACACCCGCAAUAGUUUUACUAGCCACCUCAUGGAAGCUCUCUCUCGCGAGCAAAUCAAAGCCUUCAUUGAUGACAUGCUCGAAAAAACAGAGAGCAUCGGCGAGCUAAUCUCUGUCCUACAAAGAUCUGCACUAUCUAUCGUGAUUUUCUCGGAGAAUUUCGCAGAUUCAAGCUGGUGUUUGGAUGAAGUGGCCACCAUUUCUCAAAUCAUGGAAGAAUUCGGACACCGGGUGCUUCCGAUUUUCUACAAAGUGGAUCCAUCCGAUGUUUCAGAGGAUUGUGGGAGUUAUGCUGCUACCAUUAAGUUAAAAUAUGGAGCUAGCAACUUUCCAGAGGAUAGGAAGAGGUGGAUGGGUGCUUUGAAAGCUGUGGCUAAUUGUACUGGCCAUACCUCACAAGAAAUCAAGAUCGACUCCGAGUUAGUUAAGGUGAUAGUGAGUGAUGUUUUGAAAAGACUCGUCCACAUGUCACCGAGAGUGAAGUCUGAUAUGUUGAUUGGCAUGGAUGCUCGCAUUUGUGAGGUUGAAAAACUACUGGCUUUGAACGUGAAUGAUUUUCGGAUUAUUGGACUUUGGGGGAUGGGUGGGGUAGGGAAGACCACUUUGGCUAGAGCUUGCUAUCAAAGGUUUACAUCCUCUACUAAAGGAACAAAGCGUCAAUUUGUUCGAAACAUCCAUCAAACAUGUGAAAAGGAAAAUGGGAUGGUAGGAAUCGUGCAAGAACUCUAUUCAGCAUUGUUGUCCGAGGACAACAUAAGUUAUGAAGAUUUGGAUGUUAGUUAUAGAAGGGAUCGUCUUUCUCGGCUGAAGUUGUUCCUUGUUUUUGAUGAUGUGGAAAAUUUUUCAGAGCUAGAGCACUUGUUGUUGGGAGAUCUUUUGAAUACCUUCAAUUUGUUUGCCUUGGGGAGUAGAAUUAUUGUGACAACGAGAAACCGAAGAGUGCUUGAAAAUGCAAGGGCUAAUAUAUACUAUGUUGAGGGUCUGCAUUCUCAGGAAUCUCUUCAACUCUUUGGUAUACAUGCAUUUAGACAAUACCUCCCCCCUGAUGAUUGGAUGCGUUUAUCAGCUGUGGCUAUAUCUUACUGCAAGGGAAGCCCUUUAGCCAUAAAAGUUCUGGGAGGUACUUUGUAUUGUAGAGACAAAAGUUACUGGGAGAGUUUCUUGUGUGAACUGCAGAAAAUUCCAAAGCCGGAAAUUCAUGAUGUGCUUAGGAGGAGCUAUGACGAGCUUGGUAUUGUUGAGAAGAGAUUGUUUCUCGAUACUGCUUGUUUUCUUCAUCGGCAGCGGAAAAAUAUAGUGAUGAAAUAUUUUUCUAUUGGUUAUCAAUGUGCCAAUUAUGUACUAGAGGAUCUAAUUGGUAAGUCCCUGCUCAUUUGUGUCUCCAGCGAAGAUUAUGAGAACAUUGAGGUUCAUGAUUUGCUAAGAGAAAUGGCUUGGAACAUUGUUAAUGAGGAAUUAGAACUUGCAAAUCGCAGUAGAUUGAAUAAUGUCGAUGAUAUUCGCAAGAUUUUAACAAUUCGGAAGGUGAAAACAGAAGGCAUUAGUUUGGACCUAUUCAAAGCCAAUGAGAUGUAUUUAGAAGCUACCACAUUCGAAGGGAUGACUUCUUUGAGAUUUCUCUGCUUCGUCUAUUUUGCAGAAGAGCAUGGAAUUCGCAAAGUUCAUUUACCAAGUGGUGGCCUUGACAUGCUUCCUGACAGCUUGAGGUGGCUGCUAUGGGAUGGAUUCCCUUCAAAAUCUCUACCAUCAAGAUUCUCCCCUGAAAACCUUGUCCUACUUGCUAUACGACCUAGCCCAUUCAUAGAAAGAUGCUGGGAAGUUCAGCCAAAGCUUGUGAAUCUAGUGGAGCUUCACCUGUCCGACUGCAUAAAUUUAACUGAUGUCCCAGACCUGUCGAGUUCUCCAAAUCUCGAGUACCUUUAUCUCCGGGGAUGUAAAAGCCUGAUCGAGCUACCAUCUCAUAUUCAAGAUUUGAACAAGCUGAUUACACUGGAUCUUGGUGAUUGUAUAAAUCUGCGCAGUCUUCCCGCGAAACUCAGCUCAAAAUUCCUUGAGCAUGUUUACUUGUCCAACUGUCCCAUGUUUAUUCGUUGUCCGGAGAUUAAUUCACGAUUGUUGCAUUUAGAUUUGAUGGAGACACCUGUCACAGUCUUGCCGGGUGCAAUUUUCAAUGUGAAGCAGGGUAGUAUCCUCCGUCUCUGCGGCAAACACAUCACCAGCUUCCCAGCAAUUUCGGCAAACUUGAACUUGUUUCGGCUGUGCCAUACCAUAAUAAGAGAGAUGGAAUCUUAUGAUGAAGAUCAUCUAGCUUCUUCUGAAUUACUAUUGCCACGAUUUGUUCAACUGGAGUUGGUUGACAACCCGCAACUCAAGAGCUUGUCAAUGAAUAUCUGGACGAUGGUCUCUCAAACACUCGUACUUGAUGAUUGCCCGUUGAUUGAAAGUUUGCCAGAGGUCUCACAGCCUGUUAAUGGCUCAACUGAGCUUCAAAUAUUCAAAUGUGGAAACUUGGAGAGUUUUCCAGCUGGUAUCAACAAUCUGAGAUCUUUACAGGCUCUCUAUUUCUGUGCAACAGAUAUUACGUCUUUGCCUGCUUGUAUCCAGGAGCUGGACCAGCUCUCUCUUUUAGAUCUGUCCUUGAGCAAAAGCCUCGAGCUUGUCCCGAGCGCCAUCCAUAAACUUGCCAAGUUAUCCUCUUUGUACUUGACGGGCUGUUCGAUGAUUCAAUCUUUACCAGAACUCCCGCCCAAUCUUAUACUUUUGGAUGUAAGUGGUUGCAAGUUGUUACAAGCCUUACCAAGCAACUUAGGCAAGCUGAGAUGGAAGUACUUGUGCUUUGACGAUUGCCCGCGAUUGGACAAGAAUCUUCCUGAAGAAAUGGUGGAGAAUUUCCCUAUUCAUGCAACUUUGUAUCUACAUCCUCGGGGCGAUCUUCAAUAUUCAGGGAAUGAGAUUCCAGAUUCAUGUGUGAUGGUGCGGUUGCCGCUUCCAAACUCCAGUAAGCAACCAAUUAAGGGGAUUGCAUUCGGCGUUGUGUGUUCUUCGGAUGUUUGGAUCGACUGGCUGGAUAUUAAGUGCGAUUGCAACAUCGACACCUUAACAGCUGCCUCUUGGAGCAGUCAUGGUUUACAUUUGGAUGGUACGGCAUCAGAAGAUAAUGUAUAUUUGUGGUAUGACGAGAAUUUGUUAGUUGAGACCAAGCAAAGAAUACUAGAAGAGGCUGAAAUUUGGUAUGUCAAAUAUGCUGGGCUCACCGUUACCUUCAGAUUCUACUUUGAAGCAGAAAAGGAAGAUGUCAAGAAACUAAAGAGCACCAAAAUCAAAAGGGUGACGGGAGCGGGAGGGACGGCGAAAGGCUGCCGCAAGGCCUCGGCGACGGCGUAAAGGAACGGGCACCCGGCGUUGUUGCAGUCGAUGUAGGCGGUGGCGGAGCCGUCAGGGUGUUCGUCGGCGGAGAAUCGGCCGGCGAAUGGGUAGUCUUGGAGAAGGCGGAUUUCAGGUUUUCGAUGAAGGCCUGACGAGAGAUGGGAUGAUCAUCGGUCGGGCUUCGGAAGAGGAGACCCUUUUGGAUGGUGCUGACGAGGAUGAGACAGAUGUCGCAGGCAGUGAGGGGAAUCCGUUCGAGAAGAGUUUGAGUGUUGUUGGCGUGGAUGGUUUCUGUUGAGAGGAUUCGAACUCUGGUGUCCGGCGUUCUUGGGUCGGAGGUUGAAGCCAUGUUUUGGGGAAAGUGUGGAAUUUGAUUUUGGGAGUAGAUGAGGAGAUUCUGGAUUAGGGGUUUUAGGGAUUUUCGAGUAAGGCUUGUGUAUCUUUUUUUAUUAUUAAUUAAUUAAUAAAGGGAAUACUAUCGC